ACAACACUUCUGUAUAUCCAUUACCCCCAUCUACACACAAAUGACUCUAAUAAGUGUCUCCGUUGACACAUUUAUAUACACUUCCGUUGCAGUAGCGACACCUCUCGUAUACUUCCUACGUCGCCAGUCAUCGAAUCCUGACGCGCCACUCCGACAAACACUGAAUGUCCUGGUCCUCUUACACACGCUAUACGUUCUCUAUGUCCUGACAGUACUAUGGCCUCCAAAUCUAUUCCAGAGGCUGAACAUACCCUUGACAAUGCCUUCGGAUAGCAUUCGUUACCUCAUUCUCCAAAAAGCCGGGCUGGAGCAAGACGCGACUUUACCCAAAGCCCUAGAAUCGCUGUUAACGCGAUUAUCCUCAUUUGAUAUGCGCACGCUCUACGUCAGAUUUGGCCAGACAGUGUUACAGGACUGUGAACACUGCACGACCUUCGACGAGUACUCACUAUAUGCCUUGCCAUGGCCACUUCUCGAAUAUAUCCGUGAAGCUGCUGUAAUUGGCCUUCUGACAAUUCAAGGUAGCGGCCGGGAACGCUGGAGGACAUACGGUGUAGCUGCAGUUGUAAUUGCGGCGAUAUUAGAAGGUUACUGGGUGGCCUCCGCCACUAUUCAAGUUCCCAGGAAUGGACUAGGCGUGUACAUGCUGCAUGAUAAUCUUUGGCUCCUCCGACAAUUGCUAUUCCUUGUGCUGCCAAUUGUUAUCCAUCUUCUACCAGCAUCUCCACCUGAGAGCGAUCCCGUGAACACACUGCACACUACCAGGAAUACCCUGGAGCUUACACUGACGCGCCUUACGUCUUUGAGGUACUUACGGGGUGCGGUCAUGAGGGACCCCACUCUGAGGGCUUCCGCGACAAAGUGGUGGAGUGGCCAGAAAGUUGCAGGUGUUUGGAUACGGGAGGAUGACGCUGUUCAGAAGACGGCGCAGAAGCUUGGCUAUGGCUUUGUUGGCAGUGACGAGGAAGCCAAGUUGAGAACGAGUGCUCGGGCGACCACGGGAGCCAUUGCGUCAGGUCUAGGGAUCAGUUAUAGACGAACCUAGAGAUAAUGUCCUCAUAUAUACAUACUGUAGACCAUGUAUCAUAGACUCAUAGUGUAACUUUUAUUCCUUCGUUUUACAUGUUGUGAUAAUGUAC